GUGUUCACAGCACUGAGUGAGGAGCUACAGCAUUCCUCUGUUGAGCUUCAGAAAAUGAAAGAGGAGAAAGAAUGGCUAACUCAGCAGCUGAUGGAGCAAAGGAGACAGAGGGACCAGCAGCUGUCUCAACAGGAAGCCUCUGAAAGGGAACAUAAUGGAAAACUACUUAGGUUACAAGCGGAAUUGGAGGAGAAAAAGGAGAGGUGGUUGUUAUGUCAACAAAGGUGUGAUGCCCUACAGAGGCAGCGGUUGUCAUGGGAACACAGAGAGGAACAACUAAACCAGAAGUACAAUGAAGCUGUGGAGGAAGCGGCACAAAUGAGGAAAGCUCUGGAGAAGGUCCAGCAGGAACAGAGAGAGCUGGGAAGAGAAAGGGAUGCCUUGACUGAGUCUCACAGCAGAGUCAUUGCUACGAUGAAGGAGGACUUCAGACAGCAGCUGGCCACAGAACUGGCUGCCGUCAAUGAAGAACACGCAGCCCAAAGGGUACAGUACCUGAGGCAGCAGAGGGAAGUGGUUCUCAGGGAGGCAGACCGGGACCUAAAGACAGACAGGGAGAAAAACCAGAUGCGUCUUUUACAGUGCCAGAGCCAAAGCUCACAGCUUCAGCAAAAGUUGGAGCAGAGGGAGAUGGAGAUAGAACACCUGCGUGGGGAGCUGCAACAGGAAAGGAGGACGAGGGAGCAAGAGGGGAGGACGCACGAUGAGGAAAGGAGGCGAGAGAAGGAGAUGCGCCAAUCAGAGGCAGAAGAAUGGGGCCAGGCUAAAGCUGAGCUUGAGCUGAUGACUGAGAAGAAUGCUGAACUAAUAGAAGAGGUGACAUCUCUCCAGGAGACAGUUCGGAGGGAGUGCGAGGAGAGGGAGGAGCUGACUGCUGCUUUGUCUCGAGCUCAACGGGAGCUCUUUGAACAAUUAUCUGCAGCAUCUCAGGGGGGCUCCUCCAGGCCUCCUCCAGACCCCAUGGAGAGACAAACACCCCCAGGGAACGCAAGUUCUAAUCUCUUUAGUCAAGCCAGAGUUCCUCUGACUCGCUCUCCAACCCCUCCAAACACGCUCCGCCCCUCUCCUGCCCUCACAGACAAAGUCAGAGGCCUGGACACAGAAAGAGGAGGAGCGGGGAGGAGUUUGGAGCCCUGGAGUGGCGGUGGAGGGAAAAGAUGGGAAGGGACGCUGCCGAGACUGAGAGCUAACAGCACAGUGAGUGAAGUCAAAUGUAAAGUGAGGUCAGUGACGGGGAGAAAAUAGAAACCGUUAAGAGUAAUCUGAAAGAACAAGAUAAUAAAUGUUUACUGCACCCAAAGGCAAAAAAAAACUC